CUGAUAGCUACUCACUGGAAUACUGUAAAUUUCUUAUUGUUGUCAAUAUUUUCGUCGUUGUGUGUUAUGAGUGUUAUGACUGUAUACAAUUAGUAAAAACCCACUUAUUAGUUAUUACUGUUAUUAUUUUAUCUCUAAACUCGCUUAGACGCUUAGAGUAUAGUGUCAAAUUAAUUGUUUAAAUAGGGUUGACGUGUUUAAAAUAUUGCGCUUAAGUCUUGUUCACUUUUUUUUUUUAAAUUUUAUUAAUCAAGACACUGUUGGGGUUUGGGCAAAAAAAAAAUUGGAAAUCACCUCGUAUUGAUUAGUGGCUACCUAGUACAUAUUUUCAAAUUUUUGGACAAUCUGUAAAAUGAGACACGUAAAUCCACAUUCCAUGUCAAAUAAUUCACCGAGCAAAAGUCAAAAUAUGAGUUCACAGCCAGUUGAAACAGAAUCUGAUGUUACUGAAACUAAUGAUAGUGAUACUGCUGAUUCAUAUCAAGUUGUUUCAAGUACUACUGAUGAUCUAUUGUUAAAAAGUAAAGAUGCUUUAAAUUCUUCCGAAAUAUCUAUUUCGUCUACUGACGAUGGCAGUGUUAAUAUAUCAAAUGAUACGAAGACAGUUGAGCGUAAAUCCAGAUCCAGAUCUCGUUCUUCUGACUCAUCAAAUGGCUCGUCACGUUCUCAGUCAGUUUCUUCUUUACAUUCAGCUUCUGGUUCUGGUACUAGAAAUAAAUCUAAAUCAAAGUCGACAUCUCGAUCAAGAGAUAUGUUGCAAACUCAAUCAAGGUCAAAGUCAAAGUCUCGUUCAAGAUCUAAAUCUAGAUCAUCUUCAGUAUCAUCAAUGGGUUCUCAUUCUUCUUUUAAAAAAAGUAAAAUAAAACGUAAAAUUGUAUCUGAUUCUGAAGAUGACGAUCUGCCAAUUAAAAAUGAGGAUGAUUCUGAUGAUGGCCAAGAACCAGAAGAAAAAAUAAUUAAGAAAAAAAUAUUUAAAAAGGUUAAAAUUAUGUCAGAUUCAGAAUCUGAAGAUGAUGAUGAUGCCAAAAAUAUACCCGUAAUGAGUCCGAUUGUUCGUAAGGAGCACGCUAUAUCUGAUGAUGAAAACACGGAGAAGGCAUUGGAUGUAGCUGAAGUGUUGCCAGAAUUAUCGGAUGAUUCCGAUAAAGAAGAUGAUGUAAAUGCAGAAACUGGUACAAGUACUAGCAAAAGCACUGCCAAUAAUGAAAACGUAGAUGACCCUGAUGAUCCUGACGAACGUGAUGACCAUAAUAGUGAUAAUAAUCCAGCAUCAGAUUUUGAGUUAAUGAUGAUGCGAAAAAAAGAAGAACAAACAAUGAAACGUCGUAGGAAGGAUAUAGAUAUUAUUAAUGACAAUGAUGAUAUUAUUGCUGGAUUAAUUGGCGAUAUGAAACAUGCAGCUGAAUGUGAUAGACAAUUAAACAAAGAAGGAAAACCUGCAAUUAACAAAAUAACUAUGCUGCCAAAAUGUUUAUCACAACUAAAGAAACACAAUUUGAUGUUGGCCUUUAUCGAGCACAAUGUAUUAAAUGUUUUCACUGAUUGGUUAGCACCUAUGCCAGACAGGAGUUUGCCUUCAUUGCAAGUCCGCGAGUCAUUGAUAAAACUUUUAGCUGAUUAUCCUCCAAUUGAACAAUCUACUCUUAAGUAUUCUGGAAUUGGUAAAGCUGUCAUGUAUUUGUAUCGACACCCCAAAGAAACUAAAGACAAUAGAGAACGGGCUGGUCGUUUAAUAAAUGAAUGGGCUCGUCCAAUUUUCAAUUUAUCAACAGACUUUAAAGCAAUGUCCAAGGAAGAAAGAGAAGAAAGAGAUCUGGAACAAAUGCCCAGACGGAAACGUUCAAGUGUAGAUGAUAACAAACAUGAUGACGAUGAUGAUGACGAAGAUGAGGGUCCAAAAACAUUAAAACCAGGAGACAAAGGUUGGAUAUCCAGAGCCCGUGUACCUACUCCAUCUAAUAAGGAUUAUGUGGUUAGACCAAAAUCAAUGACAGAUGCUGAUAUUUCAAGGGCUGUAAAGCGACCAAUGAACCGUUUUGAAAAGCACUUAAAAAAUUAUAUGGAUAGCAAGAGAAAUAAUCAAUCUAAGCGUGCAGUUCCGAUAUCAAUAGAAGGAAGAAAAAUGGGGUUGUAAAUAUUUUUUUAUGAUGAUUUUUAGAUCGUUGUAAAAACAUUGUGUUUGAUAAUUAUUAGAAUACUUUCAUUGAUUUAGUACUUAAUACAAUAAGUUUUAUUAACUAUAAAACAAAUAUUACUUUUAAGUACUUAAAUUAGUUAACAUUUGUAUUAGUUUUUUUUAAUUAUCUCAUUAAAUCAAUUACAUUUACAAUUUUAAUGUAUUUAAGUUUCUUAGAUAAUAACUGUUUGUAAUUAUGUUUAUUGCAUUAAGGUAAUCAUCCAUUAUGAAUACUGUCAAGAAAUAAAUAAGGUUUAUUUGUAGUUGAACAAAAUAAAAUAUUAAGCACAAAAGUAUCUUUAAAUUAAA